GCGCCCGCCCGGGCUGUGAAUGAAAGGCCGGCGCCGCCGGGGGCUGGCUGCGGGCGACGCGGCGACGCCGGCCUCCCGGGAGACGCGCUCCCCGCCGAGAUGUACGGUGUGUGUGGCUGCUGCGGGGCCCUACGCCCCAGGUACAAAAGGCUGGUGGACAACAUCUUCCCUGAAGAUCCUGAGGAUGGCUUGGUGAAGACAAACAUGGAGAAGCUGACCUUCUAUGCCCUCUCAGCUCCAGAAAAGCUGGAUCGGAUUGGCGCCUACCUCUCUGAGAGGCUCAUCCGUGAUGUGGGUCGUCAUCGAUAUGGGUACGUGUGCAUCGCCAUGGAGGCCCUGGACCAGCUGCUCAUGGCCUGCCACUGCCAGAGCAUCAACCUCUUCGUGGAGAGCUUCCUCAAGAUGGUGGCCAAGCUGCUGGAGUCGGAGAAGCCCAACCUACAGAUCCUCGGCACCAACUCGUUUGUGAAGUUUGCCAACAUCGAAGAGGACACCCCAUCCUAUCAUCGGAGCUAUGACUUCUUUGUGUCCCGAUUCAGUGAAAUGUGCCACUCGAGCCACGAUGACUUGGAAAUCAAGACGAAAAUCCGAAUGUCAGGCAUCAAAGGCCUGCAAGGGGUGGUGAGGAAGACGGUGAAUGAUGAACUGCAGGCCAAUAUCUGGGACCCGCAGCACAUGGACAAGAUCGUGCCAUCGCUGCUUUUCAAUCUGCAGCACGUCGAGGAGGCAGAGAGCCGGUCUCCCUCACCCCUCCAAGCGCCAGAGAAGGAAAAGGAGAACCCGGCAGAGCUGGCCGAGAGGUGCCUUCGGGAGCUGCUGGGCCGGGCUGCCUUCGGCAACAUCAAAAAUGCCAUCAAGCCUGUCCUCAUCCAUCUGGAUAACCAUUCUCUUUGGGAACCCAAGGUGUUCGCCAUCCGUUGCUUUAAAAUCAUCAUGUACUCAAUUCAGCCGCAGCACUCCCACCUGGUUAUCCAGCAGCUCCUGAGCCACCUGGACGCCAACAGUCGCAGCGCAGCGACAGUGCGCGCGGGCAUCGUGGAGGUCCUGUCGGAAGCUGCCGUCAUCGCUGCCACCGGCUCUGUCGGGCCCACGGUGCUGGAGAUGUUCAACACUCUGCUGAGACAGCUGCGGCUCAGCAUCGACUAUGCCCUGACCGGGAGCUACGAUGGGGCCAUCAGCCUCGGCAGCAAGAUCAUCAAGGAGCAUGAGGAGCACAUGUUCCAGGAGGCCGUCAUCAAGACCAUAGGCUCCUUUGCCAGCACGUUGCCCACUUACCAGCGCUCUGAGGUGAUCCUCUUCAUCAUGAGCAAGGUCCCGCUGCCUUCCCUGCAUCACCCCAUGGAGACAGGGAGGACAGGGGAAAACAGGAACCGGCUGACCCAGAUCAUGCUGCUAAAAUCCCUCCUUCAGGUAUCCACAGGUUUCCAGUGCAACAACAUGAUGUCAGCCCUACCCAGCAACUUCCUUGACCGCCUUCUCUCUACCGCCCUCAUGGAAGAUGCAGAAAUCCGUCUCUUUGUUCUAGAGAUUCUCAUCAGUUUCAUUGAUCGUCAUGGCAACCGCCACAAGUUCUCUACCAUCAGUACCCUCAGUGACAUCUCUGUCUUGAAGCUGAAAGUAGACAAGUGCUCCCGACAGGACACCGUCUUCAUGAAGAAGCACUCGCAGCAACUCUACAGACACAUCUACCUGAGCUGUAAGGAGGAAACGAAUAUGCAGAAACACUACGAGGCGCUCUAUGGCUUGCUGGCGCUCAUCAGCAUUGAGCUGGCCAACGAGGAGGUGGUGGUAGACCUUAUCCGCCUGGUGCUGGCUGUCCAGGAUGUGGCCCAGGUCAAUGAAGAGAACUUGCCCGUGUACAACCGCUGUGCCCUGUACGCGCUGGGCGCGGCGUACCUGAACCUCAUCAGCCAGCUCACGACGGUGCCUGCCUUCUGCCAGCACAUCCACGAGGUGAUAGAGACCAGGAAGAAAGAGGCUCCCUACAUGCUCCCUGAGGAUGUGUUUGUGGAGAGGCCCAGGCUGUCUCAGAAUCUGGAUGGAGUGGUGAUUGAGUUCCUCUUCCGCCAGAGCAAGAUCAGUGAGGUCCUGGGGGGCAGUGGCUACAAUUCGGACAGGCUCUGCCUACCCUACAUCCCCCAGCUGACAGAUGAGGAUCGCUUAUCGAAGAGGAAGAGCAUCGGAGAGACCAUUUCCCUGCAGGUGGAGGUGGAAUCGAGGAACAGCCCGGAGAAGGAGGAGCGAGUGCCUGCCGAGGAGAUCACCUAUGAGACACUGAAGAAGGCCAUUGUGGACAGCGUAGCGGUUGAGGAGCAGGAGCGUGAGCGGCGGCGACAGGUGGUGGAGAAAUUCCAGAAGGCGCCUUUUGAGGAGAUUGCAGCACACUGUGGGGCCCGGGCAUCACUGCUGCAGAGCAAACUCAACCAGAUCUUUGAAAUCACCAUCCGGCCUCCCCCCAGCCCGUCGGGAACCAUCACUGCAGCCUACGGUCAGCCGCAGAACCACUCCAUCCCUGUCUACGAGAUGAAGUUUCCCGACCUGUGCGUGUACUGAGUUCCAGGAGACGGAGCCGCUCAGAGGGAUGGGCUGUGGGGGGGGCUCCUCCUGACGCCUACCCCUACCGCAUGGAACAAGUUGGAUCUCUAAGAAAAUGUCACCUUCAGUGGCAGCACCUCCCUGGCUAAGCAGAAAUGGAGCCCCCAGGCCUUCACUGGUUCUUCGUGGCCCUCCUGCCUCCUCCUCGUCUUCCCUGAGGGCGACCAGCCAUCUGCCCCUCAGGGGCCAAUAAGCAUCUCACCUGCAUCCCCUGUCUUCUCUUUCAUGUUGCCUGGGGGCAGAGAAUCACAGGGGUGUCUCCAGAGUGACACCAAGGGGCCUGAGAAACUCCUCCAUGGUGUAUUCAGUGAAGGGCUUCCAUUGGGGUGUGUCUGCAGGGACACAUCUGCCAUUCCCCAGAGCAGGGAACUAGGUGGAGACCUGGUUGGGCAAAGGAAGCUGUAGAUGGCACUUGGAGGACCGAGGAAAGCUGCUCUGGUGGAGGAGUGACAGCAUGUGAGCUGGAAGGUGGGGUGGCUGCUGUCACCCUGAGCAUCACUUCCCUCCCUCCUUCCCACUCAAGUCUUUGGUGUCUCCUCCAAUCUCUCACCCUCCAGUUGUCCAUUCACAUUUCUUUCUGCUGUUAACUAAUGCUGAGCCCUUAUAACAAGAGCUGGAGGUAGAGACACCAGGGGGUCCACAGAGGAUGGAAUGAACAGCAGGCGGGCCCAGUGACAAGCAAGGGCUGGCAUCCCAGGCCAGGCAGCAGGUGUCGGCCAGGGCCUGUCUCUCGCAUCAGACAUGAGCGGGCAAAUCCAUGUCCUACUAUAGCAUCUUUUCACCUCCUUUGUUCAGAGUGAGCUUGCAUUGGCCCUCCCAAGGUUCUGUCUCUUCUAGAUGUUUCUCUGAGUUGGGUUCACUCUCUUUAAUGUCUUUCUUCCAAGGAUCCCAAGUAUUUCUAGAGCCUGUGGGUUAGGAGAAGGCAGAACAAAAUAAUCUGGUUUAGAUGACUCAAAAGGGAGAGGAACUGCAGGGUCCCCAAGGCUUGCCCAUGUUGCUGCCUAUGGGAGAGGCUCCGGCCUGGCCUUGGGUGGGGGAGGGGAGGAGUGUGGGUGGGAGGAGUGGCACUCUGGGGCUCAAGGAUGUCAGAAGUCAACCUUUUGGAUGUUCCAGUUGAGGAAAGAAGGAUCCAGCACCUAAUAUUGGAAUGAUUUCUUCACUCUCUGGACAAAGUCUGGGACAUUGGUGCUAGCUGGCAAUGCUUGUGGCCUGGCUGGGGAGAGGUAGCAGAUAACCCUUUGGUUCCAGGUUUCCAUUUUCCCUGCAUGCCGUGUGCCUGUCUCCAUGUGACUGGCGUGUGCAGAGCCGCGACAGAGGCCACGUGCUGCUCUCUCUCCUACUUCCCCUUCCGAUCCCUCCUCCAGGAACCUUGUUCCUGGGGGUGCCUCUGCCAGAGCUUCACCUGGGCCUCGUCCUGUGGCAGCGCUCAAUGGUCCAUAUAGCCCUUUUGUUGUCUUCCAGUCAAACUUCCCAUAACCUUCUGAGCUGAUAUAACUCACAGUAAGUUGUGAAUGGUCAGAUGUUUCCUCCCUGGAGAAUUCGCUUUUUAAAAACAGGGUGGGUGAGUAGACUUCUUGACCCAAAGGAAUCCCUUUUUAGGGUACAAUUUUAGGCAGCAUGGGACGCAGUCAGAAGCUGGCUAUCUCUGCAAAGGGCAGGCUUCUCGGGACACCCUCUGACCACAGCCUGCAUGGAUGCACAGUGAGAGCCGAUUACUAGGACAGAGUGUAUUUUUCAAAAUCGAGGAGAACCUUAACACAUUUUCCCAUUAUAUGUGCAAUAAAUGACUUGAGAAGGGGGGCUAUCUGGCCCUCGUUCUAUACUUUCCACACUUGAGAUGAAGCUCUUUCCCUUGGUCACCGCCUCUGUGCUGUGAGCACAUGGCUUCCAAGUGGCCUGCAUGAUCACAGGGUUCAGGGUGGAGGCCACAGCUUUGGGGAAUGUGCUGUAUGGCUUUGGGCUUAUAUACAACCCAAUUUUGUAAGCACGAACUUAGAUUUCUCUUUAAUAUGUCUUUAUUAAGAGAUCAAGUUUAAAAUAACUUUAAACAAACUUGAAAGCAAAUAACCUUUGGAAGAAACUUUAAAGCAAAUCUAAAUCUGGAGCCACAAACCUGUCCUUCCUCACUGGGUCUUGCCAUCUGUUGUCCUAUGCUUGGCUUUGAAGAGAGCUCCCCGUUUCCUUCUUGUGCCUACUUGACAUAGGGUCCAGGCCAUGGUGAUGUUGCCCUGAACUCUGCCCAUGGGGCCCUGGUGCUGGGACUUAGAAGUUAUUUCUCUGAGCGUCUUUCUAGAGCCAGUGUUAGAACCAGAGGCCAACAGGUUGGCUCAGAUGUCUGUCCCUUCUCCCUGUCCCGGGAACAGAGAGGAGAGAAAGGCCCCCAUCCUGCACAGACUCCACUGCUGCUUCCUCCCUAUCCAUCCAAGGCAGCUUUUCCUUUACAUCACUGGUACCUAGCAGAGAUGUACUUCUUUUGGAGAACUGGCCAUUUUUUGAGUGCCCUCUUCUCAGUUUCAACUCAAACUUACACUCAGUAGAAUAUUAGGUUGCCUGCAGACCUGGAUUCUGGCCAAAUAUGCCUCAGAAUCAGAAAGGUUAAGGUGAGUGUUAACUCGAACAGAAAAUUAAGUGGUGAAUUAAGUAGUCUCCUUCACCUCACCACAAGCCCUGGGAGAAAGGCAAGGCAGAGUUUGAUGUGCUCUGGGGGGAGACAGGAGCCCAGGCCGUUGGCUAGUGAGCCCCCUGGCGUGGCUGUUUCGUGCCCCUUCCUGCUGUCCUUCUCUGCUGUGAUUUUGAGCCAAGAGGAGCCAGGAAGCCCAUUCAGACCAGCUGCUCCCAAAAGCCACUGAGGACUCUGGCUUUGUGGGCAAAGGUAGGGCUGGUUGGAACUCUGCUGAUAGAACUCCAUUGGCAUAAAUGUACGAGGGUACUUCUAAAAGCUCAUGGGAAAAUGGAAUUUAAAAUGUACAAAUCUUCCAUGAACUUUUUGAAGACCCCUCAUAUUUGUGACUUGGAAGUUCUAUGAGUGUGGUUGAGCUGUGUCAGAGCACAAGAAGCCCAUCAGCAGCAGGCAUCGGUGUGGGCCUGGAGGCUCCUUCUGUUUAUCUUGCCAGGGGGUCCCCACUGCCGCGUGCCUGUUCCCGUCUUCCUCUCUUUGAAAAGCGGAAAUUAUGUGGUUCCUUGACUCCCAGAUGGCCUCCUCACUAAAGAAAGAAAGAGUCCGAGCAGGUCAGAAGAAGAACUAGAAAAGUCCUCAGACUCUGUCCAGCCCCCACCCCAUACACAAGUACAAAUGGAUGGGCAGGGAGAAGCUGAGGCCUGGGACCCACUUGAAGCAGCACACGUGUCACAUGUGCGCUGCCCUGUGCCCUGGGGCGUUCUGGGUCCCAUAGGGUGUGUUUCAGCUGGGCUGAGAAUCAGAACAGCCUUGGGGUUCCUUCCACAAUAGAUCUCUGGGCUCCUCUGGGGCCUGCUGGGUCAUGAUGCCUUCCCGUGUCCGUUCCGUUGUCCCCAGGCCCUCCAACCUGGCUACAGAGAGUGCUGUUGAGAAGUGAGGCUGUUUUUCCCAAUUCCUCUUCGUGACCAGAAAAUGGCAGCUGGCCAGUUGGGGGCCUGUGGGAAAGGGCUACAUCUGAGCUGUUAGGUUGGGUGUUAGGUUUAAAGGUGACAGGGAGGUCAUCUACUCAGGGCAGGCCACACUCACUUCCCAUGACCAUAGACCCUGGCGGGCAGGUGGUACUGACACAAGACAUCCUCCUCACACCUGGGGAGAGGGUUUAGGGCAGAGUGUUGCCUCCUGACCCAAUUGACCUGAGAAUUCUGGUUAAAGUGACCUGUUACCCCAGAUCUGGCCAGGUCUGAAGACUGCGGGUAUGGCCAGGGUUGGCCUUGUACUAGAGCCUGGCUGGCUGAGGAGGUGGUGAAGAGACCCAGGUGCAUUGGGAAGGGCUCUGGGGUCCACUGGGGCCAGAAGGCAGUUUUCCAUGCUCUCCUGUAGCACCGGCCUGGCUGACAAGGUCUUCCAUCCUUCAGAGGACCAGGGCCCUCGGGAGCCCAUCACCUUCCACCUUGAGCUCUUCCUCCAUGACAGUAGGUUCUGGCAUAUGGAGUGCAGAGUUGUAAUUCCACAAAUGCUGCAGCCCAUAAGUUGUAACGCAUCUGUGUCCAUUUAGACCGUCAUGACCUGGCUGAAGUGUGUGUGUGCCCGUGUGUGUGCAUGUGUGUGUAAUGUAGUCGUAGUAGAUGACAUAUGUAUAUAAUAACUGAUGUAUUUAUAUGUGAGUUCAGAGUCAGUGCCUGUGGCAGUUUUCUGUCUUUUAAAUUCAUUGAAUCGAAUUAGUUUUAUUGUAGGGAAGGGGAGAAAGGGGAGUGGGGGGAAGUGUAGAAAGACUUAGCAAAGUCAUUCUUUAGAGCCAUUAGUCGUGAUUUCCCAAUGAGACUUCAUGAUGCCCUUUUCAAAUAAAUGUUAAUGUUGUCACCACA